CGGAGCGGCCGCUCCUCGGCGCCGCUCUCCACGCGGGCGCGGCCCCGGCUCGCUGGUGCGGGCGGGAAGGCGCUGCCGCGUCAUGGCGGGCGAGGGCGACUCUGAGCCGAGGAAGUCCUUUAAACUCUUGGGAUUUCUUGAUGUUCAAAGUGUCCCAUGUGCACGAGAAUCUGUUCUCUAUGGCUCCCUGGGGUCUUUAGUUGUGGGUCUUGGACAUUUUUUAGCAACUAGUAGAGUUAGAAGAUCUUGUGACUUUGCAGUUGGUGGCUUUAUUUCCACAAUGUUAGGAUACUGGUUUUACUGCAGGUACAAUUUGGCUCAACAAAGGAUCCGGCAAAGAAUGCUUAAAGAAGGAAUGAAAAACAGAAUGUUAUUUGAAGGCAGUUAUCUUGAUCCAGAAAAAAAACAAACUGGCAAUGAAAGAAGCGAUUCAUAGGCUGCUGUGGAGGAGUUGUGGUCUAAUACAGCUUUGGGAGAAGGUGAUCCAAAGAUGUCAGUCUGCCUUGUAAACAUGCGAGGUGUCUAAAGCUGACAAAUCAUGGUUUUCCUGGCAAAUCUGAGCAAGAAAUUCAUAGUGAAUCUUUUAAGUCUGUACAAACCUUGCUUUGUUUCAUGUAUGUAUGUAUGUGUGUGACUGUGCACAUAGUUAGGAAUGACUUCCUGUGAAACAUCUGGGAACUGAUGUGUUCUGUUACUGAGAGGAUUAAGGGCAGUGAUUUGGGACUGCUUUUAACUUCCAUUGUAAACAGAGUGGCUCAUUUUAGCAAAGUUGUAAUUACAUCUCAUUUAAAUACAGGAAAAUAUUUUCAUCAGCUGUUCAGUAAGUGUAUCUUCAGUGCUACUGUUAACAGUGCUGUUAGUAAAACACAAGUAUUUAAACAGUAGAUGAAGGCUUUGCUUGUGCAAGGUGGGAGAGAUCAGCGGCCUUUGUAAGAUUUCAGCUGCAGGAUAACCAGAUAACUUACAUACACUGUGAAGUUGAAGGAUUUCCAUGUUUGUUCUGUCCGUAUGAAACUAAGAAUAAAAUCUGAAUAAAAUUCAGAAGCAAUCUAAA